UCAGUCACCGUCAUUAAGUAACCUGACAACAGAGGGCGUUAGUAGACAGAAGGAUAAUAGCCAUUCGUCAAAUACAUCCAAGUUUUUGCGAGAGAUGCAGACACAUAGUAAACAUCACAUGGGCGAGAAAGUUGCUCAGGUACUGUCCUUGGGAGCAGACGUUCUACCAGAGCACAAGCUUCAGAAGCCCAGAGUCAAUAAAUGGACUAUCCUCCACUAUUCUCCUUUUAAGGCCUUUUGGGACUGGAUAAUUCUUCUAUUAGUCAUCUACACCGCCAUAUUUACCCCUUACGUCGCUGCUUUCUUGCUGAACGAAGAUAGAACCAAGCGUAACAAGAAGUAUGGCGACGACCCCAUUGUCAUCAUCGAUCUUCUAGUCGACGUCAUGUUUAUCAUUGACAUACUCAUCAACUUUCGCACCACGUACAUCAACUCAAAUGAAGAAGUGGUCAGUCAUCCAGGUCGGAUUGCUGUCCACUAUCUUCGAGGCUGGUUUAUUAUUGACAUUGUGGCGGCUAUCCCUUUUGACUUGCUGCUUUUUGGAUCGGAGACAGACGAGACCACAACUUUGAUUGGUCUGUUGAAAACUGCUCGACUACUACGAUUGGUGAGGGUGGCGAGAAAAAUCGACCGCUACUCAGAAUAUGGAGCUGCUGUGCUGCUUCUGCUCAUGGCUACCUUCGCGCUAAUUGCUCAUUGGCUCGCCUGCAUCUGGUACGCCAUCGGCAACGCCGAGCGCCCUCUUCUGAACCCCAAGAUAGGCUGGUUGGACCACCUGGCAAAUGCAACUCACCAGUUCUAUAACAACUCCAAAGGAGGUCCUAGCAUCAAAGCCAAAUAUGUGACAGCGUUGUACUUCACCUUUAGUAGUCUGACUAGUGUGGGCUUUGGCAACGUCUCUCCAAACACGAACAUGGAAAAGAUCUUCUCCAUCCUCAUCAUGCUUAUAGGAUCUCUAAUGUAUGCCAGUAUUUUUGGAAACGUAUCUGCCAUCAUCCAAAGGUUGUACUCUGGGACAGCUCGGUAUCACACUCAGUUACUGCGGGUGAAGGAGUUCAUUCGGUUCCAUCAGAUCCCAAACCCGCUCAGACAAAGGCUGGAGGAAUACUUCCAGCACGCCUGGACUUACACCAACGGUAUCGACAUGAACAUGGUACUGAAGGGGUUUCCGGAAUGUCUUCAAGCUGAUAUAUGUCUUCACUUGAAUAGACAACUUUUGGAAAAUACUACGCCAUUUAAAGAUGCAAGUCCCGGAUGUUUGCGUGCUUUGUCCAUGAAGUUCAAAACGACUCAUGCACCACCUGGCGACACGCUUGUGCAUAGAGGAGAUGUUCUCACAGCUCUCUACUUCAUUGCCCGGGGAACGAUCGAAAUUUUAAAAGAUGACAUAGUAAUGGCAAUAUUAAGUAAAGGUGAUGUAUUUGGAGAAAAUCCGUGUUUGUAUCAAACAGUAGGCAAGUCUAGCUGCAAUGUUCGUGCCUUGACUUAUUGUGACCUUCACAAAGUCCUCCGAGAAGAUAUUCUGGACGUUCUGGAGCUUUAUCCAGAGUUCCAUGAUUCCUUCAACACAAACAUGGAGAUUACGUUUAAUCUCCGAGAUGCAGACCAAGCUGCAGUUGACCCAGAAAUUUUCCGGGGAAAGUUCGCUUAUGGCCAAGUAAUUUCACCUGAUGAAGUGGAAGACCCCCGUCUUGUGGCAUAUCAGUAUCCUCGACCCAGACGGCGGAAAAUAUCAUCAAAGCACAUGUCUUCGGAUGGAAUCAUGGAAUUGACUGAUGAGGAAAAUGAUAGAGAUUUUAGCGGGACGGGUAUCUUAGAGUUUUCACCAGGUAAAGCAGGUCAGGAUAUAACUCCCGUGAACCUAGAAUUCGGUGAUCGGUCCGAUAGUCAACACGGUACCAUUCAUUCUAUUGCUGGUGCUAUGUCUAGCCUAACAAACCUCACUAGUAUGGUUUUUGGGGGAACUCUUGGAGUGGCCACUGACCGGUCUUAUUCACAGAGUUCUGUUACAAAAAUGGAAGAAGGAGCAAAACACGACACUCCAAGUAUUCAGACAGGGUCCAGACCCACUUCCGUCUAUGCAAAUGACAAAGAUAAGAUUCCAUUAAAUGAUACAGUUGAACCAAUUUCCAGGAUUGCAUCCGUGUCUUCCAUCAAAAAUUCGUUCUCAGUGCCACUAGAUGAAGUUCCCCAACCUUCUGUUCCAACCAGUGCUACUGCUUUACUCUCCUCUGAUGAGCAGUCCAUAAUGCAAAGAUGCAGGUCUGGACCCGGCCGCCUUGCUUCGAAUGACACUAGUGCCGCCACGCGGGCGACUAGUAGUGUUCCAGAGAUGAGCUCCAGUUUAACCAUUCCUAUGUCAUACUCGAGUCCAUUUUGUCGGCCAUCCCCUGGUGACGACAUUUCUACACCAUAUCUAACUCAUCCGGGUCAGUCAGACGUAACUACACUGGAAGCGAGAAUAGACGCUCUAAGUAGGCAAGUUCAAAAUCUAGAAGCUCGCGUCACCACGGAUUUACAUAUAAUAAUGCAACAUUUGUCACAGCUCGUCGAACUUUCUACUGUUUCUUCCGCCGUGUUACCAACAGAUGGCGACACUGCUACUCGGUCUGCUACAGAAAUGGCACUUCCUCAGUCGUUACCUAGACCAAGUUCUCUUCAAAGUCGACUUGCUUUAGAUCGGGUAAAAAGUAGACCUUUUAGAAAAGCUGUCAGUUUACAGUGUACCCCUUCACCUUCGGAGGACCACAAAGUUAAGCUUUCGUCACGAAGCCUGGACUUAAGCAGGUCUUUAGAAGAGCCUUUGCUUGAAGACGAUACUCACAUAAUAUCAUCGGAACUACCCGAGACUCAGUGUUCUGAUCAGCACAUCAAAGCGCCCUCUACUGUGUAUGAAGAAACUCAAUAUCGGCCUGACAACUUCAAUCAGCCUCAACCAAAGGUGAUCCAGCCUGUUCAAAGUUCAAGAAAUCAAGGUGAUAUACGACUUAUGAAAGAAGAAGAACAUUCAUUAGCUCCACCUAGUGGUACUUCUAAAGAAAUAGACUUAAAGUCCUCCAGUGAUGAUUUUAGUUCCAGGGAUGAGGAUGUAAAAUCGGUUGUGGUUCAAGCACAAGGAAGAGAUUCAAAGACUUCAGACGUGUAAAUAUGUAUAGUUCGUUUACGUCUUGAUCUAUUUUUAUAUCGUUCCAAACCAGUUUAAGUUUUGUAAAGAUUAGUUACUGACGUGUAUAUUCUCUUAUGCCGAAUAAGUAUCUCGGUGGGUGACAACAUGAUCGAUAUGAGUAGAGAAAGAAUGAAAAAGUAGAUUAACAUCGACCUCAUUCGGAUGUUGCUGCAUCUUGGUGCUAAGAUCAAGUACAAAUGGUAUUGAGGAUAAGGUCGAAUAGCAAUUGACUUGGUUGACUUUUAGAAAAAAAUAAUUAUCUCAAUAUUCAGACUUACAGGAAGUCAGGAUGUGUUAGUGUGAAUAAUAAUGUAGUCAGGAAAAUCUUAGCAAAGCGAAGAUCAAACUAAGUAAAUGUUUUCAGGUUGUAGGCCAGGAAAACUAAGUAAAUGUUUUCAGGUUGAAGUCCAGGAAAACUAAGUAAAUGUUUUCAGGUUGAAGUCCAGGAAAACUAAUUCUUCAGUCCCAUAGAAUAUUUCAAAUGACAAAGGCUUGGCCAAGAAGCGUCUUCAGAUGAAGGGAAGUAAAUGGUCAGUUAGUGGUGACUGCUAAUGUAAAAAAAAAAUGUUCAGCAGUGCCGGUUGGAAGGUUUAUCAGAGACAACUUAAAAACUGAAUCUCUUCAACGUUCUAGUUUCGCGUAGGUUGAAAAUCAUGCUGUCUUAUUUCAUGUGAAACUUUACUCUACGAAUACGUGUCAGUUCAGCUGACGUACCCCUUUCGGAAACAAAGAGUUAUCUUGUUAUUUUUUUCUCGUGUGCACAAGAAACUUUAAAACCAUAUCCGAAUGUAGCUGUAGUAGUUGAGUUUCUGUUUUGUUUUUGUGUGUGAGUGUGUUUCAUAUUUAUGUUUAUAGAAAAAAACAAGUUAUUUGUACACGCUACGUUCUCAGGGAAACGGAGGAACACACAUUUCGGUUAUAGUAUUUUGGAUCUAAGGAAUUAUGCCUUGUAAUAAUUUGAAUAUCCUCUAAAGAUUUGUUGUUUUUAGUUUAACGAUUUUCUUGACCAGUUCAACUGGAAGAAACAAAGUUCAACUUUUUAAAGAGAUCUCGGAAAAACGUUUUAUUAUAUAAAAGUUCUUUCUCUCUCUCGGUUUAAAGUACCGAUGAUUUAGUGCUGUGCUUUUUUUCCUCAUGGUGAUACUUGAAAAAAAAACAACAACAAACAAACAGAACUGCUUCUUAAAACUACUAUGGAUAACAUACGACGCUGCAGACGACGUUGUCACGGUAACCAUCAGCGAGGAAUAACACCUUAACAAAAAUCUUAUACACAGCAGCAAUUAAGUGUUUUAUAAUUUCAUCAGCCUUUUAACGCUCGUUGUACUGUAACGUUAUUGUCGAUCAAGACAUUAACACCCGUUGCUCCAUUAAUAGGAGAGUACUCUAGCGAAGUUUAGAGAAUUCAAAGAAAACUCUCGACUACAGUAGCCUUCGUUGAUCAAAGACUUCAAAAAAUUUAAAUCUAGAGCAAAACAGCUUCCAAGAUGAUGAAAAGAAAGACGUUCUGGAUAGUUGACUUAGUUUUUCAUAAGAAAAGCUGUGAUUCAUAACAAGUCCACAUUUCUAAUGUAUCUUCUUUUUAGAAAUAGUUUUUUCACUUCUUUCUGCAUCUUUCGAUAAUCUGGCACCAAGUUUUUAAAGACGGUUUGUUACGUCUAGAAUUCCCUAGAAUUAAAUUUUAGAUGCACAUUCCUGUGCAAGCUUGGAUCAAUACAUUUUUGUUUUAUGUUUCAUUUAAAUCGACUACUAUAAAUAAAAAGGUCUUUAUUAAAUGCUCAUAUUUAGCAAAAUUCUCGAGAAUAUUUAGUUGAUGGUUACAAAGGUUCAAAGGGUCCGUUCUAGGAUUUUCUUUUCUGUAAUUUGAGCGAGUAAAUGUAAAGAUUGGAACGAUCUUUCCUGUAAAAAAAAAAGUUGCUAUAAUAAAAUAUGCCUUACCUCUAUGACA